AUGGGUUGCAAGCUCCACACAAUACAAAGCCCUUUUUCACAGCCACCGCAGCCCCCGCCUACUCCGCCACCAAAAACAAACUUACCCAUGUUCUAUUACGGCCUCAUAAUCGUCUCAGUAGCCGCCAUAAUCCUAGCCAUGUACAACCUUAUCUUCGUCAAACUGACUUCGAACCGCCACGACCAGUCUCCGCUACCAAGAUCAUCAAUCAGUUUGGUUGAUCUCUCAAGAACAAGGAGGAGUAGGAGCUUUGAGAACUUGGACAGCUUCAGGUACAAGAAGAACGAGGGUCAACGUCAAAAGAUGAAAGUUGUGUCGAAUGUGCUGUUUGCUUGUCAGUUUUUGAGGACGGAGAAGAAACAUGUGGCUCAACUCUCACUCCGACUGCCCGCUCUGUCGCACUCCCCUGCCGGCGAGCUCAUGGAGUCAUCCACAGCUGACUACUACGCCGGAGGAGAAUUCCAGAGAAGUCCUGCUUGCAAGCGCUCCUUUCAUGCUCCUUGCAUAGACAUGUGGCUCAACUCUCACUCCGACUGCCCGCUCUGUCGCACUCCCCUGCCGGCGAGCUCAUGGAGUCAUCCGCAGCUGACUACUACGCCGGAGGAGAAUUCCAGAGAAGUCCUGCUACUGUGA